AUGGAGUCCAAUGAUCAUAUUCAUGAUACAACAUCAGAAAAGGCCACCGAUGGUGAUGGUGAGCUAGAUGGAAACAAAGUUAUGAGAAGGUCCUAUGAGUGCAAUUUUUGCAAGAGGGGUUUCUCUAAUGCACAAGCACUAGGAGGGCACAUGAACAUCCACAGGAAAGACAAGGCCAAGAUCAAGCACACUUCAUCAAAUUCCAACCACACGCAACCACCUUAUUCCUUGGACAUUCAUCAUAAGGUCAAGCCUAGUGUUGAAAAGCAAAGCAACCCAAACUGGCCUUGGCAUGGUGUUGAUUCCUCAAAAGAUGAAACCCAUGUUGUUCACAUCAAGAAACUCCCAUUCUUUUUUGAUUCACAAAUGAUUGGCUGCGAAACUCAAAAACCACAAUAUUGUCAAAUUUCUGAGGAAAAUAUUGGUAUCGAAAGUGAAAUGGCUUUCCCAUCUAGUCAUGGUUCCUCAUCGGAGUUAGACCUUGAACUAAGACUAGGGCCUCACCCUGAGGAUUCAUCACUUGUAACGGGUACCAGAAAAUUCUUUUGA